CGGAAGUGGAUCCCCAUCAAAAGUGUCCACUCCUCUCGACAGGACGUAGACUCAUCAGCCAGUGCCUGAAUUUUGCUGCCAAAGAUAUGGAUCCAUCUCACCUCGAAUCCUAUCCCACUGGCCAGAAGUCUGAGCCUGCAGGCCUAGAUGUCAGCCUCACCAGCCCCAACUGUUUCUCCUCAAACCAAGGACUGGACUCUGUCUACCAAGAACUGGACCUGGACUCCCUGAAUGAAGAUCUUUCCUUGUCUUCUCCAGAUGCCAUGACAGAGACCUUUGCAUCCACAAGUGAAUCCCACCUAGCUUCAGAACCAGAUCUGACGGAAGCUGAGCAAAUGGAGCUCAAAUCUGAGCUUACUAAAUUGGAAGAAGAGAUCUUAAACUUACGUGACCUGCUCGCAGCCAAAGAGAAGCGGUGUGGCGAACUCAAGAGGAAGUUAGGCUGCGUGGCCUUGGUCGGACUGAGGCAGAAUCUGUCCAAGAGCUGGCAUGAUGUUCAGGCCUCCAACACCUACAUGAAGCAGAAGACUUCAACUGCCCUGGCCUCAGUGGGUUCUGCUAUCUGCAGGAAGCUUGGAGACAUGAAGAAGUCGUCCACGUUCAGAUCUCUUGAAGGGCUAGUGGGAACAGUCAAGUCAAGAGUUGCAGGUGCCAGAGAGCUCGGCGGUGGCCUUCUUCCUUCACCAGCGAGUGGCAAUGAUCCACACGCAGUUCUGGGGAGUGGAUAUGAAACUGUUGCAGGGCUUGAUGAGCAACUGUUUUCUGUCCUGAAGCCAGAGUAAGCCCUUUGUUAGCCUUGCUUGGCUGCCAAUAUAUAUAUAUUUCUUCUUCCGUCAUAACACUUGCCAACAAAAACAAGCAAACAACCAACAAUGGUAAAGCUAUUAUAAUUCUAGACAUAGAUACAGUUCAGUUGUGAUAACAAGAAAACCCAUUUCUGCAUAGGUAUUUGCUGCUCUUAAGUGAGAAAGAAGUCCAAGUUUUAUACUAGUUAUUAAUACUGAAGUUUGUAGAAGAAACACAUCUCUAUGUUAGCUUUUUUGUGGUUACUUUUAAUGGACUCAGUCAUGGCUCCAAGGGGUCUUAGACCAGAUCCCAAACUCUUUGAAAGAUUAGUCAAUUAGAAGGCCAAUGAAAUUUCUAUCUGACAUUGGGAAAAGGUGUGAAGCAACCUGGCUAGAUAUUCUACAAGCACCAUUUUCUACAAAUACCACUUGAUCUACAACCUUUAUUUUAUUACAGUGGUGGUGAUGCAGUCCAGUGACUCACAUUGUCUGUACAAAGCCUCCUGUGCUUCAUCCCUGUCAUGGCAGCUUUUAAAACAAUCAAGAAAACUGUCCCAUCUUAAGGCUGGGGCGGGGGGAGAAAAAAUAUUAACCACUAAUUGUUACUCUAAAACUAUACAUUUUAUAAAACUCAUUUUUCAAAGUGGCCAAUUCAGCAAAUCAACUUAGCUUUAAUUCGGAAGGUUGCUAUUUUGGACUCAAAGUGAAAAUGCUAAUUUACAUUGCCUGUACUUUUGCUCUCUUUGGAUAUUAAAGUUGUGGUUUAAAGUUUAACCUUUGAGACAACAUGUCUCCGCCAACAGAUGCAUCUUAUUCUGCAGCAGUUGCAAUUAGUAACCACCUUUAGCUAACGGACAGGAGAGACACAAUGUAUCCAGAUUUAAGAAAUAUAAGCCUCCACCCACCUUCAUCUUAAACAUUUGAAAAGAAUACCAGUCCCCUGUAAUUCUGACUGCUAUGACUGAACUAGCCUUGCUGAAUAUACAUCACUCUCUGGCUGACUCUAAACCUGCCUGUUUUUAACCUAACCUAAGCAGAAGAAUCUAACCCUCCCAAGAUCAAUAGGAACCUUUGGAACUUGGUUUGAGUUUGUUCAAGACUUCUUAUAUCUGAUUUUCACAGGAACUGUGUUUUGGUUUUGUUUUAUGUUUGUGUUUUGUUCCUUAUUUUCCUUUUUUCAAAAUCCCCAUCCCAGCAGUUUCCUUCUUUCCUCCCACCACACUGAGUAGGAGCUGGUAUAACCGCGAGUCUCAGCAGCCCACUGUUGGCUUAAGUACGUUUCAGUAACCUGUCAUUGCCUACAAGCUGGCCCUUGAGUCCGAGCACCCGAUCAUAUUUUGCUGUUUCUUGAAUGUUUCUCUUACAUCCCUUUUGUUAUCUAAACUGAAACUAAAUACUGCUGUCAUUGUAGAAGCUCUUGGCAAACUGUAAACCCAUUGAUAAAUCCCAGCCCUUCACAGAGUCCCAAAGGCUACGGUUUGCUUGGAUUAAAACAAGUUAUAC